AAUUCUUUGGAACCCUAAUAAUUAUGGAACCUUUGUCAAAAGCGACAACAAAAAAUCUUGACUGCUAUAAAUUCAAAGCUCAUCAACAACUACAAAACCCCUAUGCCAAUUGUCAUCCAAGCUCUCUUAUCUCCAGCCACCACCUUGACCUAGCUGUGUAUGGCAGCUAAAUGCCUAAUUUUGACUUUAAUCCGAAACCCUAAUUUCACAGGCCCUCGAAUCGACGAGAUUCAGUCUUUCCAAAGAAAACCCAGUAGGCCUCUAAGCCCAUUUCCACAGCCAAUUCUUCCAAAACCGUAAAUCUCCAUGGCCACAGACGCCACAGCUAAGUUCCAAAACCCGGAAUUUCGGCCUGUACCGCAGCCGCCAGACUUCCACCCGGAGUUGGCAGUGUCGGCCCACGACGGCCUCCACUUCUGGCAGUUCAUGAUUGCCGGUUCGAUAGCCGGCACGGUCGAGCACUUGGCCAUGUUCCCGGUCGACACUGUGAAGACCCAUAUGCAGGCUAUGGUAUCGUGCCCGGUCAAGUCGGUUGGCGUCCGGCAAGCCCUUCGGUCGAUUUUGAGAUCCGAGGGUCCCGCUGGGCUCUACAGGGGAAUCGGCGCAAUGGGUCUCGGGGCCGGACCGGCCCACGCCGUGUACUUUUCGGUCUACGAGGUGUGCAAGAAGUACUUCUCCGGGGGGAACCCGAAUAACUCGGCGGCGCACGCAGUCUCGGGCGUGUUCGCGACGGUGGCGAGCGACGCCGUUUUCACGCCGAUGGAUAUGGUGAAGCAGAGGCUUCAGCUGAGCAAUAGCCCCUAUCGGGGUGUCUUGGAUUGCGUGAAGAGGGUGUUGAAAGAGGAGGGAUUUAGAGCGUUCUAUGCGUCGUAUAGGACCACUGUGAUCAUGAACGCGCCGUUCACAGCCGUGCAUUUUACGACAUAUGAGGCGACGAAGAGGGGGUUGAUGGAGAUCUCACCAGAGAGUGCUAGCGAUGAGCGGUUGGCCGUGCACGCCACCGCUGGGGCCGCUGCCGGGGCUUUGGCUGCGGUUGUGACCACGCCCCUUGAUGUUGUCAAGACCCAAUUGCAGUGUCAGGGUGUAUGCGGAUGUGAUAGAUAUACAAAUGGCUCAAUUGGGGAUGUACUUCAAACAAUAGUUAGAAAGGAUGGAUACAGAGGGCUCAUGCGGGGAUGGGUUCCACGGAUGCUUUUUCAUGCUCCUGCUGCAGCUAUCUGCUGGUCUACAUAUGAAGCCGCAAAAACUUUCUUCCAAGAACUCAAUGAUAGCAGUAAAAGUGGCACCGGAACCUGAAUAGCCUUCAAGAAAAAGGGCAUUCUUUAUCAUGCAGCUGCAUCACAGAUACCUCCUUUUGAUUAACAACUAGAAGUCUGCUUCACAGGAGGGAGGAGUAAGCAAGACAAAUAAGCAUUUUUCCCAAUAACCUGACCAUGGUCUAUUUCAUAAGUGGAAGCAGUCAGAGUAAUUGGUGAGUUUUGGAAUUCGUUUGUAUUGUACACGCGGUCAGUUUAAUUAUCUUAUUUAUAUAUGUUUUAUUUUUCUUUUUACUAGUUUCCUUGAUGAGAAAUCGCCACUUAAAUCAUUACUGUGCUACGAAUUUUUGCCUUAAUUUUGGGUUUCAUAUUUUGUAAGGUUUAGUCAGAUAAAAAAAUUUACGGGCGGCUGUUUACCAUCACAAUUUUCAUUUUAAUUGUAGCUAUUGGUCUGUGUCAUAAGCUGACAGACUGUCGCGAUCUUGUUAAUAAAUUUCAGAUAUCUUGGUUGGCUGGUA